AUGGUUACAUCGUUCGGGGAUGAUGAGAAGUGUUUGUAUUGCGCCAAGAAGGAGGACGAAUCGGAGGAUGUAAAUUGGGUCCAGUGCGCUCAUUUUUCUUGUGCUGGUGUCGACCAGAAAAUAGCCAAGGUAGAUUGGUACUGCCCACAGUGUGCACCGUCCGGCAACCAGCUGAAAGUUCCUGAGAAGAUGAAGAAUGUUCUCGCGAAGCAGAUGGAAGACCGGAAAAAGCAACUUGCGAGGAAAAAGGCGUUGUUUCAGGAACAGUUGCAGCUGGAGCGCGAGAUGCGUGAGGAAGAACUCCAAUUCCAACGUGAAGUGGAAAAGUAUGAACAGCAGAAGCUGGACGAUAAACUUGCCGCCGAACGGAAAUACCUGAAGAAGCGAGACGAAAUCCGGAAGCAAAGGGAGCAAAGUGCCCGAUACGUCAACGCGCUGAAGGAGCAGGACGGCGUAGUCGGUGGUAUGUCGGAUGAACACGUCAGGGACAAAGUGAGACAAUUGCAUGAGAGAGAUACUUUGGGACAGACAAACGACUUUUGGGGCGCGUUUUUGAUGGGAAAUUCGAUGGGCGUGGAUCGGAUAAAAAAUGUUCCCAGUCAGUUGAAGACGGCAGAAAACGCAGAAAAUGUUAGUGUUGGAAGUGACAAUGGGGAAGAAGCACACAGUGUACGCUUCACAACAGAAGCCUGCGGAUUCUCCAAUCUCGAAAACCUGAAGCGGCUUCAAGACUGUCGGAUGGGAGACGCGCUGGAAGCCGUAAGGAGUCGGCUCGUGAUACCGGAUUCGGUCCCGGAUGUAAUCAUGGAUCUUCGGAAUCUGUUCGGCAAACCAGAGAAGCUGGUUAAGACAUUGCUGGCAAAAGUGAGGAGUGCACCAUCACCGAAAGCGGACCGUUUGGAAUCCUUCAUACAUUUUGGGACCACGGUGAAACAGUUGUGCGACCAUUUGGAGGCCGCUCAUCUGAACGACCACCUGGACAACCCGAUGUUGGUGCAGGAGCUAGUAGACAAGCUGCUCCCGAGCUAUAAGCUGGAUUGGAUUCGUUUCAAGCGAAACAAGGUGGACAGUCCUCUGAGGAUUUUCACUAAUUUCACUAACGAGAUUGUAUCAGAUGUGUCUGAAGUAACAGAGUUCGAUGCGUUUCCGGUGAACGAACCAGUGCGAUAUGGGAAAGGUAUCCCAAAGAAGAAGGAGUUCGUCCAUGUUUAUGAUUCGGAGCAGAAGCGGAAUGAAGGACUGCGAAGUGAGAUAACUGGCAAGGCGUUCUGGAUUUGUAAGCGUUCGGGUCACCUCAUCAAGUUCUGUGAAGAAUUUAGACGAAUGAACGUUACUGAGCGAUUAAAGGAAAUCGGCAGGCAGAAACUAUGCGAACUUUGCCUGAACAAGCACGGGAACCAUCAUCCGCUGCUGUAUCGUGUGGAAGAAUCGGUCCAAUUGCAGAAAGCAGAGUGCGACGUGACGCUUCACGUGGGCAAUCGGCAGUACGAUACUGUGGCGUUUUUAGACGAAGGGUCGUCCGCUAUUCUGGUGGAUGAGGAGGUCGCCAAGCGGCUGAGAGUAGAGGGUAACUUGGAGCCUCUGAUCGUCACAUGGACCGGGGAUAACAAUCGAUUCGAGAACGGUUCGAGAAAGGUGGAGCUGUUGUUUUCGGAGAAGGGAUCUCUGGAAAAGUUUCCGCUGUAUAACACUAGAACGGUGUCGAAACUACAGCUCCCAAAACAGAAUGUACGAGUUGCGGAGGUAGCGAAGCGGCACCAAAACCUGGCUGGAGUUCCAGUGAAAGAUCAAACGGGGUUGCCAACAAUUCUCUUCGGUUUAGACAACCUGUAUCUGUUCGCGCCGUUGGAGUCACGGGUUGGAAAGCCCAGCGAUCCGAUUGCAGUUCGUUCGAGACUCGGCUGGUCGAUUUACGGUCCGGAGAGGCGUAAGCCGUCUAUACAUAGCUACUUGAAUUUGCAUUCUGUAUCAGCAGUGAGUAACCAGGAGUUACACGACAUAAUUCGAAAGCAUUACGUGAUGGACGAGGCGGCGGUGAAGUCUUUCGCUGUACCUGAGAAAGCUGAAGAGAAGCGUGCACGAGAGAUCCUUGAAGCGACGACGAAAAGAGUAGGCGAUUGUUUCGAAACGGGACUGACGUGGCGAAACGACGAACGGAACUUUCCCGAUAGCUAUCCGAUGGCAGUACGAAGGAUAAAAGCCCUCGAUCGAAAACUGAAUAAAGACCCGGCGAUGAAGCGGAAAGUGUGCCAGCAGAUUGAGGAGUACCAGCUCAAAGGCUACGCGCAUAAGAUAACAACAGCAGAAGUCGUAGAGACACCAAGCUCGGCGGUGUGGUAUUUGCCGAUCAACGUGGUGGUUAAUCCAAAGAAGCCCGACAAAGUACGUUUGGUUUGGGAUGCAGCCGCUUCGGUUCAAGGCGUAUCACUGAACUCAGAGCUAUUGAAGGGGCCCGAUAUGUUGGUGCCGCUCCCGAGAGUCUUCUGCGUUUCCGGGAACGUCCGGUGGCGUUCGGAGGGGAUAUCCAGAACUGGUGCACCACAAGUGUACGAUAUGGACGUUGCCACUUUCGGUGCUACGUGUUCUCCGUAUUCUGCGCAGUUCAUCAAGAACUUGAACGCGGAUGAAUUCGCCGGAGAGUUCCCGGAAGCUUCGAUGGCGAUUAUUACAAAGUUCUACGUAGACGACUACUACGACAGCGUAGACACUGUUGAGCAGGCUAUCCAGAGAGCUCAGGAGGUACAUCCACUCACGUGGUGGUUUCCAUAUACGCAACUGGGUGUCGAAUUCGACGAAGUUUUUGGAGGCACUAGGCGAGCGCAGUGCAGACGAAGCAGUCCAUUUUUCUCGGGAUAA